UACUCUUCAAAACUGUUACAGUGUUGUGUGGAAGGCUCAACAUUGUAAAUCUGUCCAGUUUUCUUAAUUUAUACAUUUAGCAUCAUCAUAAUAGAAAUUUUGAGUUACCCCAGAUCUCAGCUAUCCCUGGGAGCAGCUAGAAGCCAGGAGAGAACAUAGUGCAAGAGAGACAGUGGCCAUGGCUGAGAAGUUUAAAGACACAAGUGAAUGCUCUACCUGCCUAACUUAUCUCAAAAAACCCAUGUACCUGAAAUGUGGAUUCCUCUGCUGCCUGCAGUGCAUUGACUCACUGGAGAAGGAGCCCCAUGGGGAGGGUUUGCUGUGCCCCAUCUGCCCUGUGGUAUCUCAAAAGGGUGACAUCAAGCCCAAUCUGCAGCUGGGGGAGCUGGUGUCCAAGGUCAAUGAAUUGGAGCCCCAGCUGAGAGCUAUCCUACAGAUGAACCCCAGGAUAAGGAAGUUCCAAGUGGAUAUGACCUUUGAUGUAGACACAGCCAACGAUAGUCUCAUCAUUUCUGAUGACCUAAGGAAGGUUCACUGUGGGUGCUUCAACCAGAAUAGGAGCUGGCAAGCCGAGAGAUUCAGUGCCUUGUGUGUCCUGGGGUCUCCUCGUUUCACUUCUGGCCGUCACUACUGGGAAGUGGACGUGGGGAGGAGCCAAGAAUGGGAUGUGGGGAUCUGCAAGGAAUCAGUUACCAGGCAAGGGGAGAUCCCACUGUCUACAGAAUGGGGCUUCUGGACUGUGGGUGUGAGAAAAUCGCUGAUUUUCACUGCCUGCACCUUGCCCUUGACAACUGUGUUGGUGAAUCCCUGGCUUCACCGGGUGGGGAUUUUCCUGGAUAUGGACGUGGGUACCGUCUCCUUCUACCAUGUCGGCGAUGGGUCUCAUAUCUUCACAUUCAGUAACAUUCCUGCUGUGGAACCACUGCGGCCAUUUUUUGCUCCUUCAAAUGAAACUGAUGAUGAUCAAAGCUACCUGGGAGUCAGUCCUUCAGUGAAUCCAGGUAUUGAACCAUCCCUCAUUAUGGGCAGGGCAAAUGAAACCAUGAACACAAAAUGUCUGUAGAAAUUACUGAGUGUCCAGAACCAGAGCUAGAAAUGUUUCUGUUUAGUGUGACAACAUAGCAAGAAAAAGUGGU